UGCAUUGUUGCCCGCUGGGGCAAUAGGCGGAGCGCCUUGUCCUCUACUUUACGUCGUUGCACUCCAGGACAUUUCUUUGCCUCGUGUACUGCAACAAGAGAUACUGUAAAUCCAAAGGAUCACAUUUAAUCUCAUUGAAUUACAGGCACAGGUCACAACUUUAAAACCUAUUAUCCACUAUCACCACCGCUGCCGCCCCCAACUCCAGGUGCCCGGUCGAGCCUGGGUCAAAGUGGUGGAAGUAUAUGAAAGUGUAGUGCAUUACAACUAAGCUAUCAGUGAGAGUAAAGUGGGGAGAGUAGCGGUACUGCUUGAAUCGUAUAGGUGUCUCUUGCUUACAGGGAAACGUUCAUACCAAGAUGCCCCUGUCGAGAUCCCUGUCAAUGACCUCCUUGAAUGGACUACCCCUAUGGGAAGAUGAGGAUCUGCCUGUUGAAGACUUGAUUCUUUUUGAAGUUGCUUGGGAAGUUACCAACAAAGUUGGUGGAAUUUACACAGUCCUCCAGACAAAAGCCAAGAUCACAGUGGACGAAUGGGGGGAGAACUUUUUCAUGGUGGGGCCUUACUUUGAGCAGAAUGUGAAGACGCAAGUGGAGCUUUGCGACCCCACAAAUCCUGCUAUUCAAAGAGCAAUAGACAAUCUGAAGACAAACGGCUGUCAAGUAUACUUUGGGAGGUGGCUAAUAGAAGGAAGUCCAUAUGUGAUCUUAUUUGACAUCACUUCAGCUGCCUGGAAUCUUGACCGAUGGAAGGGGGACUUUUGGGACAUAUCUGGUAUUGGCCUUCCCUUUCAUGAUCGAGAGGCAAAUGACUCUCUAAUCUUUGGCUCUUUAAUUGCUUGGUUUUUCAAAGAGCUCACUGACCAGCUUCAGGAUAGACCUAAUGUGAUUGUACAUUUCCACGAAUGGCAAGCUGGGGCUGGACUCUUGCUGUGCCGCUCUAGAAAACUUCCAAUUGCAACUAUAUUUACUACCCAUGCUACUCUUCUUGGAAGGUACUUGUGUGCUGGAAAUGCAGAUUUUUACAACAACCUAGAUAAGUUUAAUAUUGAUAAAGAAGCUGGAGAACGGCAGAUUUACCACCGAUACUGCAUGGAACGAGCAGCAGUCCAUUGUGCCCAUGUUUUUACCACAGUUUCACAGAUCACUGCCAUUGAGGCUGACCACAUACUGAAGAGGAAAGCAGAUGUUGUAACUCCCAAUGGCCUCAAUGUUAAGAAGUUUUCUGCCAUGCAUGAAUUUCAGAAUCUUCAUUCUAUGAACAAAACGCGGAUCCAGGAGUUUGUCCGUGGCCAUUUUUAUGGGCACUUGGAUUUCAAUUUGGAAAAGACACUUUUCUUCUUCAUUGCUGGGAGAUACGAAUUCACUAAUAAAGGGGCUGAUAUCUUUCUGGAGGCGCUUGCCCGGCUUAACUUCCUGCUCAGAGUUCACAAAAGUGAUGUCACUGUCGUUGUGUUUUUCAUUAUGCCAGCCAAGACCAACAACUUUAAUGUGGAGACUUUGAAGGGGCAGGCAGUACGAAAACAGCUCUGGGACACUGUUCACUCUGUGAAAGAAAAGUUUGGGAGGAAGCUGUAUGACGCAUUGUUCAAGGGUGAAAUACCAGACAUGAACAAAAUACUCGAUCGAGAUGACCUCACCAUAAUGAAAAGGGCAAUUUACUCAACUCAGCGUCAGUCUUUGCCCCCUGUGACAACACACAAUAUGAUUGAAGAUUCAGCAGACCCCAUCCUCAGCAAUAUCAGGAGAAUCGGAUUGUUCAACAGCCGUAUCGACAGAGUCAAGGUUAUUUUUCAUCCAGAGUUUCUCUCCUCUACGAGUCCCCUUCUACCAAUGGACUAUGAGGAAUUUGUCCGUGGAUGUCACCUGGGUGUAUUUCCUUCAUAUUAUGAGCCCUGGGGUUAUACGCCAGGAGAAUGCACAGUAAUGGGAAUCCCUAGUGUGACCACCAACCUCUCUGGCUUUGGUUGCUUCAUGCAAGAACAUGUAGCUGACCCAGCAGCAUAUGGUAUCUACAUCUUGGAUCGUCGCUUCCGAUCACCAGACGAAUCUUGCAAUCAGCUGACUCAGUUCAUGUUUGGGUUUUGUCAGCAAUCACGCCGCCAGAGAAUCAUUCAGAGGAACCGGACAGAGAGGCUGUCAGAUUUGCUAGACUGGAGAUAUCUUGGCAGGUAUUAUAUGCAUGCCCGACACCUGGCCCUGAGCCGAGCUUUUCCAGACAAAUUCAAGAUGGACCCCACAGCCCCACCACAGACUGAAGGGUUUAGGUAUCCUCGACCAUCCUCAGUACCUCCGUCUCCAUCUGCAUCUUUGCAUUCAACACCACAUCACAGUGACGCUGAGGAUGACGACGAUGAUGAUGAUGAGAGAUAUGAUGAAGAGGAGGAGGCUGAAAAAGACAGACAGAACAUCAAGACUCCUUUCUCCAUAGGGUCCAUUCCUAUUGGAAAGAAAAAGCAGCACGGAGAGUAUAGAAAUUAAAGAAGAAGUUCUAUCAUUGUGCAUUUGUUAGCCAACGUCCUAGCACUGCUUUGCUAAGUAGUAACCCACCAGCCAGAAUAAGCUUUACUGAAAACACACAAGAUACAUUUUGAUAAUUAAAGUAACCUUAUGACUUAGGUAGAGAUACUAAGGGAAUUCAUAAAUCUCAUUCUCUUUACUUUUCUGCUUCCACUGCAUUUUGUAAAGUGUUUGUCUUACUUUCCCCAAGAUAAGAAAACCAGGCUGACUUAUAUUUUAUCUAGUUUUCUUGCCAAAAGAAAAUGUUUACAGUGUUUCUGGUAAACUGAAAUAAUGUUUUCCUAAGGGUGAGCAUUGAAGCAUAAUUUACCAGUGGUCUGUGUAGAGCAACUCACGAAAUGCUUUUGUUGCUUCAAUUUCACUGCUCCGAAAUCCUGUCUGUUUAAAGUCUGCUCAAGUGAUCCUGAGCUUCUCUCCAUGAAUUCCAGUUUCUUUCCAAAUGCCACAAAUAUACAUUUUGCAAUAAUUAUUGGCACUAAUUUAGCUCUGUAAAAGAAUGUGUUGGGUUGUGUGUGCACAUAAAAGUGAUGGAGCAUAUUCAAGAUUGCUUCUUGUUUCAAAUCUGCUACUGUAGGUACAAACUCUGACUCAACAUAAACCUCCAAUGGAGGAAAGUGAAUAUGGGUGGAUGGGUAGAUACUACACAGGCAGUAUUGCUAAUGCAUUUUUUUGCAGUUAAGGGAUGUGGUUUCUACAUGUUUUGUUAAAUUACGGCCCUUUGAAAAGUGAUCUUUGAUAUAUUCUCUCCUACCUUCUGUUUUCAACUAACUAUUGUCAGUCCUGUCAUUUCCUUCUAGAGUCCUUUAUCUCAUAUUCAAUCUACUGUCUCACUUAAAAACUUAAUUUUUUAACAUUUCUGUCUACUCCAGGCCAAACAAAUCUAGAACCAGGUACAGAACAACUGAAGACUGAGUUCUGCGUAUAUAGAGCUCAACUUUCCCUUAAGCUCCACUAUGUCUUUAGAAUGACACAAGUCGUAUUUGCUUUAAAACUGACUACACUUUGUACAUGUAAACCUUUUUUUUGUUUCUUUAAUGUGCUUGCCCUUUUGUUCAGACAGACAGGAAGAUUAUCUCAGAGAAAUAAGCAAAACAAAUAUAAAAUAAUGAAUACUAUGCAGUAGUAUACAAAUGACUGUUGUCAGAGGACAUCAAGAACAAACGUAAAGCUCUCUUACACUACACAACUUCUUUUGCUUUAUGUUCAGAUUUAAGUUCAAGUUUAUUGUCAUGUUUACAUAGUACAGUAAAAUUCUUACGUGUAUGCCUAAAAUUGCAGUGGAUCAAAUUACACAUCCAGUCGUUGUCUUUACCAAGUUUACACAUCCUGCUUGUGAAAGGUUUUUCAUGCCACAAGCCCAAAGACAUGCAGGUUAGGUUAAUUAGUGAUUCCAAAUUGGCCUGAGUGGGCCCUGUGAUGGUUUGGCAUUUAGAUAAGGGUUUUUUCCUGCCUUGUGCCCCCCAUAAUGACUCGGAAUUGGAUUAAAGAUGUUUGAAAAUGUUAACUUACGUCUUCCACAGACUGACAACAUGCUAAUUCAUGAAGCAUUCAAGUUAAUACAUUUUUAGUAGUAUAGCCUUCUUUCACUGUAGUGGCUUAUUUAGACUAAACAUAAUAGCAUUUUCUGUCAUCCAUGGAAUUAGGCUGUAAUAUUGGAUGGGUUUACAGCACUUACUACUGUAUGCACAAAAGAAAAAUGAGAAAAUGGAUAAAUAACAUGUAUACUUGCAUGUGUAGACAUAGCUUAUGUGCUUAAAUUCUGAAUAUAUAUAUUCUUGUAUGGGUAUGCAACACCUUAUUGGAUUAAAUAAUAUGUUAAAGCAGAAAGUACUUAAUUUAUACAAUAUUUUGAGUAAAUAUUAUCAUUCAUUAGGAAUUGGUUUUCCUUGCUUUUCUGUAUUGGUAACUUUUACUUUAACUUUGCCCUUAAGGUUGCUCUAGGCCAAGUAACAUAUGCUUGGCCAUUUGUAAAAACUGGAAAUGAAAUUCCAUAUCAUACCAUCCUCUAAAACCAUUUAAUCCUGAGCAGGAUUGUAGGGGGGAGCUGGAAGCUAUCCCAGCAAGCACAGGACAAAAGGCAGGAACAAUCACCUGGACAGGGCUCCGGUCUGUCAAAGAGUGAACACACCACACACACACUAGAGCCAGUUUAGCGUUUAGGAAGAAACCGGAGCACCCUCAAUGCAAGGAACAUCCAGGAUGCAAAAUCUGUUUUUCUUACUGUGAGGCCACAGUACUACCACUGUGCCAUCAUGCUGCUUGGCAACAAGAAAUCAAUAUCAGAAAUAUCUAAAGUUUGCUGAGCCAUGAAAAUGGGUGAAUUGGCACAUAUGCUUGCACACCAAAAUGUAGUACAAAAAUGAAUGCAGUAUUAUGUUUACAAACAAGUACAUUUCCAUCAGCCUUAAAUCCUCUAUGUAUUCUUUAUGCGGGAUGUCCAGAUUAGAGUUUCUGGUGUGUAUUUAUUACUACCCUGCUUGGAAAUAUACACAGAUUUGUUAAAUCUAAAGUGUUAUCCAUGAACCCUACAUAUAUGUAAGGAUAUAUAGAGCUGAAAAAACAGAAUAUGAGGUGCUGCCCCAAGAACUUUCAAUUUUUCAUUCUUAAUUGAGGGGGUCAACACUCUUCUUUUUUGAGAAGAACUGAACCCCAACUAGUCCUUUUUUGAUGGUGUGGCUUAUUAUGCCUGCCAGCUAUCAUUCUUGUGUACAGAUGUUUUCAUAAUAUAUGACUUUCCAAGUAGUACUUGCCUGAAGAAGGGGCCUGAGUUGCCUCGAAAACUUGCAUAUUGUAAUCUUUUUAGUUAGCCAAUAAAAGGUGUCAUUUUGCUUGGCUUUUGUCUUGACUUUCCAAGGAAACUGUUCUGGCAUUCUUCUAGUGAUAUAAUUGCAAAGGCUGUCUUCACCUAAAUCAUCUUCUGUCACAACCCUGAAAAAAGUUCUAUAUUUUCAUGUCUUGUGUUCAUCUUUACAUUUUACCAUCUGCUUUAGGUUGUUUAUUCAGACAAUGAAUAACAUUGAUGGACCAUUACCCCCUUUUUUUCUUUCUUAUGUUCACCUUCAUAUUAUUUUGCAUUUACCCCAUCAUUCCCUGUUUCAACAUUAUUCCCAGUAACUCCAUCUGCUCGACCAAAGCUGUCAUUUAUUGUCUCUGUGGAGCAGGGGGGUCUAUUAGCCUUAAUGUACAGUAUGGGCAUCUCAGGAAAUUAAAUGCUUUUACCCCAUACCUUGGUUAUAUACUCUCUGUUCAGUUUUGGCAAACUUCCUAAACCUUUGAAGAAUCUGGAAAAUGGUGCUAAGAUUGUGUGGGUCUUGCCUUUAUAACAUCAUGCUGCCUUGAUGGCAACACAAAUAAAUAAUGGAUAAUUGGUCA